AUGGACAGUGCGCUCUACCACUCAGCGGGAAUUUUCGGCUCCCCCUCGGCUUCUGAAAACUUGACUGCAGGCGGAAAGAUGAUCACCCCCACCAAGCCUCUCGCUUUUUCGAUCGAACGGAUUAUGGCCAGGACGCCCGAGCCAAAGUCGAUACCUUUCCCCAACCUGUUCCAUCACAUUCCGGUGGGUAGGCCUGAAUCUGACCCGAAGCAGCCGCUCAACAUGACUUCAUCAUCACUGCAUUGCAUGAUACCUUUCGUGCCACUGGCAUACGAACCGGGUCAUAAACUAAAUAUGAAUGGAUUAGAUACGAGUCACUUUGAGGCUUCCUCAUAUAAUUCAAGUGAGUUGGUGGGCAUUGGUUUGAACUAUAAGAACGAACAACCAGAUGUUGUCCAUGGUGGGACCAUGGUGGGACAAUACAAACUCUUUCGACCGCGUGUGGUGAACCAGUCGUCUUUUCAUGCCAUGGGGGCCGUGUGCUACCUGAACUGCGGGGAGAGUGUGUGCCCAUCCCCGGCAAGCAUCGUAAACAUCCACCCCAUGGCCUCCUACUUUCUCAACACUCCGCUGCAACAUGCGCGCCAGAGAGCUUUCCUCGCGGAGAAAAAUAAAGUGGCUCAAUGCACAGACAGAUACCCAUCCGGAGUUGCAUUUAAAGACAUUUCCCAAACUCAACUUCAUCACUACAUGAAAGAGAGUGCACAGAUUCUAUCGGACAAACUAUUCAAGGGCUCUUCCAAAUUGAACAGCGCUUGCCCAAGCGGCAAACCCAAAGUAUUCACCUGCGAGGUUUGCGGAAAGGUAAGAACAUACAUUUCGUACAUGUGGUGGUCUCUGCCUUACGGGCCUGCUUGAUAUUUUAAAAUCGUUAAUUUUAUAAUUAAUAUAUAUAUAUUUAUAUUCACAGGUGUUCAAUGCCCACUACAAUUUAACGCGCCACAUGCCCGUGCACACCGGAGCGAGACCAUUCGUCUGCAAAGUAUGCGGCAAGGGAUUUCGACAAGCAAGCACCCUUUGUCGCCACAAAAUUAUUCAUACUCAGGUAUUCUAUUCAAUCAUCAUCAUCAUCAUCAUCAUCAUCAUCAUACCCAAAGCCAUUCAUAAUCACACGAUGUUCUAUUCGUUUAAACUAUAUAAAAACCACAAAAUAGGACUACAUCAUAGGAAAAUGUGAUAGAACAACGCAUCAAUGCCAUCAUUGUUAUGUUAGGCUAUAUUAAUAUUGUGGCCUGGUGUUGAACUGUAUAGUAUUUUUAACGUUUACUUGUAGGCCUAUAUACACAAUCUUAUUGAAAAGUAUAUAGCCCAGUUUAUUUUAUUUACCAAUUUUACUGUACAGUUUUCGUUGGAUCCCAAAUAAUAGGUUUCUAAAAUCACAUUUAUACAUGUGCCCUUCACAGGAGAAGCCUCAUAAAUGCAACCAGUGUGGAAAAGCAUUCAACCGGAGUUCAACUCUUAACACACACACACGAAUCCAUGCAGGUUACAAACCCUUCAUCUGUGAGUUCUGCGGCAAAGGAUUUCAUCAAAAAGGUGAGAAAGAAUGUUAAUCUAUUCGAGUGUUUUGGAUUAUGUGAUUUGUUCUAUUUCUAUUGUGUGAUUAAUUAUUUGCAAUAUCUGGAUAUAAUAUGAUUUUUUCUGCUUUGAGGAUAGAAUAUUGAUUCUGCUCAGAGCUAAAUGUAUGUUGCUCAAUUCAAAUCAGAAUCAAAUCAGUAUGACUUGGCUUAAAACGGAAUUGACAAAUAACUGUGGCACUGACUCUUUACAAUAUUGUUGACAUACACUUUCUUUUUUUAAAUCUUCAAGGCAACUACAAGAACCACAAAUUGACGCAUAGCGGCGAGAAACAGUUCAAGUGCAACAUCUGCAACAAGGCCUUCCACCAAGUGUACAACCUGACGUUCCACAUGCACACGCACAAUGACAAGAAGCCCUUUACGUGCCCGACUUGCGGCAAGGGAUUCUGCCGGAACUUUGACCUGAAAAAGCACAUCAGAAAACUACAUGAUCUCUCUGCAUCUAAAUCCCCUGCCACUCUCGUCACAGCCGAAACUCACUAA